UUUAAUAUGUCAGCUUUUUUCUCUAAUUCAUUUGGAAAGAUAUUGAAAUAUACUUCUAUUUAAAACAAGGCUGCAAUAGACAAAAGGUAUUUGUUGUGAGAAUCAGCAAUGUAUUAGCAAAGAUAAUUGUGUAAAUAAGGUUGUUUUAUUUUUGUUUAUAUAUCAUAUGAAUCAUUCCAUCUUUAAAUUAAAUAAUUCUGGUUUUAGAAGACUUUUCUCCAGAAAUAGAAGAUCAGCAUUCUAGAGUGAGGGGUAGAAAUUAUAAAGAUAACUUCAUUCUUUUUUGAAUCUCAGUAUCUCAAAAUGCUGAGUAGUUUUAGGUAGUCAGAAGAGAAAUUAUAAACCCUGGGUAGCAAACUCUUUGUUCUUUGACCCAAAUUUUGUAUGCUAAAAUUAAAGUAAGCCUUCAAGAUAAGUUAAAGCAGAAAAAUGGGUCAUAAUGACAGUGUUAUCUCAACCUUUAGUAAGACAUUAUUCCUAGGAGAGUUUUUUUAAAUACUAAAGGUGACAUUAUAGAUUAUACUAUCUUUUCUCUAAACAUAUUUGAAAAAUGUAUUCUUAGUUUCACAUGUAAGUUUUAGUCUUCCAUAAAACUAGCCUUUUGCUAUCACCUCUCAUUCUUUGUUUUCCCUUUCUUUCCCUCUGCACAGUAGGAUAUACAUCAUUUACUUCACUUAAUGUAUAGUUGGGAGUAGGAAUAAUGAGGAAUAGGCAAUUUAUUGCACAUGUCCUAAGACCUCCUGGACUGAUCUUAAUGGCAUGAGAGCCAGGGUCCUCUGCGCCCUGUCCUCCUUCAGAGUUUUAGCUAGCUACUGGAAAGAAAGAGUCUGCAGAGAUGUAUUUGGUUGAGAGCCAUGCACAUGUAUGUCCUACACAAGAAUCAGAAUUCUGACGUGGUGAUGUGCCAGGAGAAGGGAGUUGGAGCUACAGGCCAUCCUGUGUGAAAAAGCUGUGUCUCCAAAUCCAAACUAUACCUGCCAGAAACUGCUCUCUAGAGACAAAAGAAUCGCAGGCUCUGAACUAAAUAGAGGUACCAGUGAGUGGACUGCAGUUGCCCUCAUUUAGUUAGAGCCUUUGGUACUUAAAUAUAAAACAAGACCUUUUAUCUGAUUGCAGUGUAAUUCAUUGACAUUAACAGGCAUGUGUAAAGUUUAACAAAGCGUAUUGGCAAAAAAAAUUCAUUAUUGUAAUCCCACCACAGUUGUUAUCCCACAAUUAUGAAUAUAAUAUUAUACAGUCUCACUAUUAGAGUUACUAUGUUAAUGUGGUAAUCUAUUUCCAAUGUGUUUUUCUCAUACAUGAGCUUGUGUUCUCACACAUUCUCAUAUACACUUCAUGUUAAAAUAAAUUUAGGAUCAUUGUUUGCCUUCUGGCUGGAACCUCAGUUUCUACGUUAAUGUUUUUAAUACAAGACUACUUUCCUAUACCUGAGUUCAGCAGUCAUCGACGUCUCCUUUCAAAAGUCCUAGUACUGUUUAAUUCCUCACAGGAUCCCAGUGUGUUUCUGUUAUCCCCCUUUUACAAACUGAAGCUCAGGAAGGUCAAGUAAUUUGUUAAUGGCCACAUAAGCAGUGAGAGGGAGAGCCAGGGAGCUCAAUUCCAGAACCCAGUCUCCUUACCCAUACUACUAGUUUACGCCAUUCCCUGGUGGCUAAGAUGGUAAAAAAUCUGUCUGCAAUGCAGAAGACCUCGGUUUGAUCCCUGGGUUGGGAAGAUCCCCUGGAGAAGGAAAUGGCAACCCACUCCAGUGUUCUUGCCUGGAAAUUCCAUUCCUAUUUUACAACAACACCGGAAACCAAGUAGAAGGCAGUACCAAUACAUAGAAUAAACACUCACCUGUCAUUCGGAAAUACAACUUGAAUAAAACAUUGCAACAGUUAGUGAAGUGUUGGAAGAAGCAGCCGAAUUCCAGAGCAAACUAUGCACGGAACAGGUGAGUUUGCUCAUUUUAGGCAAAGAUUGGGUCUGGCAGUAACACACAUGACAGGCUACUCACUGUGGGAAGAUCUGUCAGCAACUUCAUUCAGAUCCUCUCUGAAUGUUCCUGUGGCUCUGUGUUGCCAUGAAUUCAGAAACUCAGAUAUAGUAGGUAUCCUUAGAUGACUUUUAAGAAAUCUUGAGGAAAUGUCCCUGUAGGUUCUCUUUUGUAUUUCUUAAUAGUUGACUAAAACUUUGGAAAUGUAAAUGCUUGGUUUGGUUUCAAAGCUAUGAUAAACUUCUCCCCCACAUAGUACAGUGCAAAUACACAUGCUUAAAAGCACCUGUCAAAGAUACAAGGUUGUGAAAUGACAGUUGGUCUUUACUGGCGUUUUUUUAUUAUAUUUUGCUUUGACGUUCUUCUCCUUGAAUGUCUGGUCCAGUUCUCCUGCAUGUUUAUGUUUGUAUUUAUAGGCACGUGUAUACAUCUCGUGACAGAAGAAUGAAUUUUGGAUUAGUGUCUGUUGAAAAGUACAAAAAAAGAAUGAUGCAUUUUUCUCUGAAUAGGAUGAAACGAGGAGGAGGAAGAGAUAGUGGCCAUGAUUCAUCAGAAGAAGGUACUGCCGAGAAAUCCAAGAGACUGCGGGCUACAAGUGAGCAUUCUCAGACUUGUGAUUGGGGUAAUCUCCUUCAGGACAUUGUUCUCCAAGUAUUUAAGUAUUUGCCUCUUCUUGACCGGGCUCAUGCUUCACAAGUUUGCCGCAACUGGAACCAGGUAUUUCACAUGCCUGAUUUGUGGAGAUGUUUUGAAUUUGAACUGAAUCAGCCAGCUACAUCUUAUUUGAAAGCUACACAUCCAGAGCUGAUCAAACAGAUUAUUAAAAGACAUUCAAAUCAUCUACAGUAUGUCAGCUUCAAGGUGGACAGCAGCAAAGAGUCGGCUGAGGCAGCUUGUGACAUAUUAUCACAGCUUGUGAACUGCUCUUUAAAAACACUCGGACUUAUUUCAACUGCUCGGCCAAGCUUUAUGGAUUUACCAAAGUCUCACUUCAUCUCUGCACUGACGGUUGUGUUUGUAAACUCCAAAUCCUUGUCCUCGCUGAAGAUAGAUGACACGCCAGUAGAUGAUCCCUCCCUCAAAGUCCUAGUGGCCAACAACAGCGAUACGCUCAAGCUGCUGAAAAUGAGCAGCUGUCCUCAUGUCUCUCCAGCAGGUAUCCUGUGUGUGGCUGAUCAAUGUCAUGGCUUACGUGAACUGGCCCUGAAUUACCACUUGUUAAGUGAUGAAUUACUGCUUGCUUUAUCUUCUGAAAAACAUGUCCGAUUAGAACAUUUGCGCAUUGACGUAGUCAGUGAGAAUCCGGGACAGACUCACUUCCAUACCAUUCAGAAGAGCAGCUGGGAUGCUUUCAUCAGACAUUCACCCAAAGUGAACUUAGUGAUGUAUUUUUUUUUAUAUGAAGAGGAAUUUGAUCCAUUCUUUCGGUAUGAAAUACCUGCCACCCAUCUUUACUUUGGGAGAUCAGUAAGCAAAGAUGUGCUUGGCCGUGUGGGAAUGACAUGCCCUAGACUAGUUGAACUAGUAGUGUGUGCUAAUGGAUUACGGCCACUUGAUGAAGAGUUAAUUCGCAUUGCAGAACGUUGUAAAAAUUUGUCAGCUAUUGGACUAGGGGAAUGUGAAGUCUCAUGUAGUGCCUUUGUUGAGUUUGUGAAGAUGUGUGGUGGCCGCCUGUCACAAUUAUCCAUUAUGGAAGAAGUAUUAAUUCCUGACCAAAAGUAUAGUUUGGAGCAGAUUCACUGGGAAGUCUCUAAGCACCUUGGCAGAGUAUGGUUUCCAGACAUGAUGCCCACUUGGUAAAGGUCAGAUGACAUAGGGCAUGAUGAACAGCACCUUAAUUUUAACAUACUGUAUUAUAAUAAAAGUUUAUUUCCUGUAGGUCUGAUACAGUUCUUCUAUUUUGUGGCACAGAAAUUUGAUACCUUCAUUGAGUAUAUAAGGAUUGUAUUUUGGAAGACCUGUGGACCAGUUUUGGUCAGAAAACUUAAAUCUAUUUCUCUAAUAGCAAUCAGAUCUCAGAUAAUUAAAAAGUGAUUCAGAUCUGAAAGUAAUAACCAGUAAUAAAGAUUAAAAAUUUUAUUACAGUCUGAAGGAAACAAAUCCUAUACAUUGUAAUAUCUAAUAAGUACUAAUAAGUUUUCCAAAAUGUUCUCUAUGCAUUUUUUUUAAAAUGUAAACUUGACAUUUUAGGGUCUUCAGUUAUACAUACACCUGUUAUAAGGUGUUUAAUAUAGCUCAGGAAAGUGAGCAUUUUGUGAGAAAAAUGUAGGAUAUAUUGAAUCUCAUGAAAAAGACUGGUUGAAUGUUCUAAAAUGUUGCAGAGCUGUUUAAAGAGGUAUAUGUAGUUAAUUGGAACACUUAAGAAACUGAUAUCACACAGGGAUUAUUACAGAAAGAUAAUAAAUAGAGCCAAGAUCAAAUUAAAGGAAAAUAAGUGGACUAGAAGGGAGGCAGUGUUUAGCUUUGUGUAAACUUUUAGGGUUGCUCUAUAAUCUGCUAAACUAUAUCAGUUCUUUUAUGUGAUACAUUACCAUGUAUGUGGCACUUGGGGCAUCGUAUGUAAAGUAAGGAAUGCUUUACCGGUUCUUCUUGGGUUUAUCUUUGUUUAAACUAGUUUUGAAGCAUUAUACAAUAAUUGAAAUGAGAAGCUUAUGUAUUUCAAAAAACCAAAUUGAAAUAAAGGUAGAACUUAAAAAUGCUUAUAAAUUGUUUCCAUGAAAGAAUAUUAGUCUCCAGUGAGUUUUAGUGAUGGCUCAUUUUUACAUGUUCGAAUUACAUAGUUACGUUAAGUAGAAUUUUCAAAAAAUUACAAAAGGAGCACCAAUGUACAGUUCAGCAUAAACAGUAAAUUUAAAAGAGCAUAUAUUUAAGUUCAUAAUCAUAUUUUUGAGUAAAUAUUGCUCAGUGAACUGGAAAACUAAUAGAAAAAUGUCUGUUUUGUGAUUGUUAAUUUGGUUACACUGGUAUUGUACAUUAUUUAAGUUAGGUAGCAUUUUUACUACUUUCAUAUGAAUAAGGUAAUCCAUACAUUGUAGAAACUGUAAAAAUACUAAGUUUGGGGCUAUAUUUAGUUUUCUAGGUAUUAUAUAAACUUUGAUUCUGAGCAUUAGUGCUAGUAGACAUUACCCUCCUGGGGCAAUUAGAAGUGAUUUACCCCCAGUGCAAUAGAUUAGUGCUUGAAACUUAGAAAGCACCUUGGUAGAUAUGGAAGCCAACAGUCUUAUGAAUCUAUUUUCAAAUAGAUUACCUUCCUAAGAAUAAAAGUGAUUUUCUACAUAAUUUGUGCUUUCAAAAGUGAUGGUAUUCUGACAACAUAUAAAGGAGAAGAAAAAAGGUUGAUCUAGAUAGGGAAAUUAAAAACAAUUACUAUUCCUCCCUCUUACUAAACAGUAAAAAAAGCUUGGAUUGUACAAGAAAUAACCUGUUAGUGGAUAAGGCAUUUUUCUUUGAACAACUUUGGAAAAUGGAUUUGACAGUAUGUAAUCAGUUCUACUAACCAAAGCUUUAUUUGGAGAUUUACUUUUUGUACAGAUUGAAUUAUAUAAUGCUUGAAAUACUUUUGUCACUUUAUAAGCAAAAUGCAUAGCACUUAAUUUGUUUAUACUGUAAAGUAUAUGUUAAAUGCUUUUAUCAAUUUGAGAAUAAAGAUAGUUACUAAU